AUGGAGAGCGGAUCAGAAUCCAACUUGGAGGGACAAGCGACAGUUACGGAAGACAGCGCGAAUGCAAACUUUAGCGUGCAAAGGAAUCAAAGUGUUAAUUCGAUAGACAGAAUCAGCCUUUCUAUCAACGAGAGGCUGAAUGAUAACUUUUCGAUGAUCGCAAGGAUAUCUACUCAAAACAGCGAAGCGGUGAUGUCGUUUAACGAUCCCCCUCCGUCGUUUGCCGAGUCACAAAAACAGCAUCGCCUAUAUCAAGACAUGCAAUUUCGUAAAGGGACAAAGGGGACAAAUAAUAUUGACACCCUUAACGUGAUUUUAAAAACCACUUCAACGCCUUCUCGAACGCCAAACCUCAGCAAUGCCUGGGAGUUUGCAGGAUGGGGUUCCACCUAUUACAUUGAACUCCCAACCGACAAGCCACCGGAAAACAAGGAUAGAACUCUGCUCGGUCAAUGGCGAGCUACUAGUAUUUCCGGGAACGAUCUUGUGGCAUCAGUUUUAUAUACCGUUGGGAUCUGUACAGUUGUAGCGGGAAAAUAUGCCCCCCUAUCACUUUUCAUUGUUUCGGUCAUUCUUUACCCAUUCCAAGGCAUCUUGAGCGAAGUGGGCACAGCAUUGCCGCUUAACGGUGGAUCGUACAAUUGUUUGCUAAAUACAUCUUCCAAAUGGUUUGCAGCAGUUGCGGCCGCAUUGGGGUUAUUAGACUACGUGGCAACAGCGGUUGUUAGCGCCGCGGCAGCUACAUCGUAUCUCUCCGGGCAAUUUAGUUUAUCAUCGUCUGUUGUGUUCUGGAUAACCAUUGGUGUACUCGUAUUGACCGCUGGUGUUGUUGCGCUCGGGCUCAAAGAAUCAUCAAAUUUGGCAUUCGCCAUUUUUCUUUUCCACUGUUUCACGCUAACUCUAUUGAUGGUUGCGAGCGUGGUGCGGUGGAUCAUCCAAGGAAACGCUGUGUUGAUCGAGAACUGGCAAGAUCCGGGAUCAGGAAAUCCCGCAUGGGAUAUAUUUUAUGGCACUUGCAUAGGACUCUUGGGUAUUACUGGAUUUGAGACGUCAGCCAACUAUAUUGAGGAUCAAAAACCCGGUGUUUAUCAAAAGACUGUGCGAAACAUGUGGAUGCUGGCAUUUUUUUUCAAUGCACCGAUAAGCUUACUGGCUUUGGCCAUAAUGCCAAUGUCGACAUUUAAGGAGCAUCAAAACGAUAUCAUCUCGACAAUGGGAAAGUAUGCGGUCGGAUCAUGGUUGCAGACUCUUGUGAUCAUCGAUGCAAUAGUAGUCUUGGGAGCUGGCGUGUUGACAGGAUUUAUUGGUGCUACCGGGUUAAUCUACCGAAUGGCGUCCGAUCACAUAUUACCGAAUGACCUCGGCCUUUGCUUUCGGGCAAAUAAAUACUUUCAUGACAAAGAAUUUUUUGGAGUUUUGGAAUUUACCGCACCUGAAGUGUUGCAGGGAAAUAAUCAUACAAAGGAAUCAGAUGUUUAUAGUUUCGGGGUAUUGACUUUGGAAGUUUUCACAAGGUCAAUUAUAAUUCCGAAAGUUGUUUCCGAGACUCGAAUAAAAGCUCAACCUGUAAUCCCGAAUAAUUUGCCGCCGCCAAUAUUUAACCUUAUCAUUAAAUGUUUGAAUACAAAUCCUGAAAAUCGAAUACGUCUAGAUGGAAUAUGUAAUUUAUUGUCGGAACUGUGGGCAAACCUUUGGUAUCAAGUCGAUAAUAAACAAUUUGAAACUUACGACAAUAUGCAAUAUUGCACUCUUGAUGCUCGUAAGCUUAAAAGCAAACGGCUACAUACAAAUAAUGAAGGUGACAACGAUCAUGAGGAAGAAGUUAAAAUCUUGGCAAUUUCCGAAGUUCCAAAUAUUGAUUCCUCGGGAACCGAUGUCGAGUGUUUCCUAAAAGUGGACACAAAUCACAUGUAA